UCUCGUGCUUAAAAUGUAUUUCAGCUUUCGAAAGCAUUGUGUGUAGAUUUGCAGCUCGGCGCGGUGUGCAGAAUGGGCAGUCUGCCGUGAUACUAUUCGAGCUCUGGCGAUGUCUUGCUGGGGUUUUCUGGUAUCAGCGAAUCGGGCUGAGAGAAAAGACAGUUCUGCAGAAAUUGCGCAACGUCCGAAGCUUAGCAGCCAUACUAGUCAAAGUGUAACGGUUGAGAGGAGAAGCGGAUCACGUGUUGUUGGCGGUGGUCUGGUGCUACUUCCUCAUGUUGUUGAGCACCUCUUACCUUGGCUGCGUCACAGAGACGUCAUCAAAACAAACCCCGCAGCGAGCCUUGGAGAACAAAGAUACAAGCAACAACAACAACAACAACAACAACAGAACACAAUACACUCAUUAUAUACAUUUGCUCUUCAUACCGCAACACAAAGCCUAGGCCGCAGUCCUGGGGGCCUUCGAAGGCUGCUAGCAAGACCUGAACCACAUUUAGGGUCACUUUGUGCUUGUCGAAAUCGAGGCAGUCGAAGUUGUGAUGUCUUGGCCGGUCUGUUCAAAAAGCGUACCUGUACUGAACGAUAAAAUUAUGACGACCAUAUUUGGUCUUCGAAUACGCUUUGGUACACGUACUCUGUGACUACAGUAUGACUUCGAUGCAUUUCCCGAAGAUGAUAGGACUUGUCCGGUUGUAGUAAUGAGCUCGUUGUCUGUGAAGAAUGGUAUCUGGCUCGUAUCAUGUCCUGCAUAUUCAACACUAAUGCAGGGAUCAACGCCAAAGACCUGUGUGCCUGUUGCUCUUGAUUCCGCCACUUUGUUCCUUCUGCCUUC